AGUCGUUCAAUGCCCAAGGGCGACUUGCAGUGAAGUGACGAAAGGAGAGGAUGGGUGGGUCAUCUUCUUCGACCUCGAAGGAGUGGGGAUGCGAGUGGGGUCGAUGGGACUGGAACGCUCCGGGUCCCGGGUGCCCUGUAGGACACCCGUGACGCUACUAGUAGGUAGAAUAAGUGCGAGCAGUCCGUCUAGUCUUAAACGGACAUGAGGAGGGAUGUGACCUCUUGGUCUCUUCGGACGUUGCCUACAUGAUGGUUGUUAGUGGGGCGGAUUGGGACGUAGCGAGGGGGACGAGAAGUGACCUUGGCCGCCCUCGCACAUCGUGAAAGUGACGGCGGACACAUACUCGAUGGAAGUCCAAGGUGUUGCGUCUCAAGUCCCAUCAGAUGGGAAUACUCAGCCCCUCUCACCUGCACCCGGAUGGGCAGCAGAGUUGGAGGGAUCUCAUAGGGGCGAAGUUACAUGUGGUAUCAGAGCGCUUAAGACCGGGAUUGGCGAGAAGCAUGUGAGGGGAGAUCUUCUGAACCUUUCGUCAGUAAGAGACUGCAGAGAAGGGAAAGAGGACCACGAAAGCUUCGACUCAACGGUGCGAUGAGAAAGAAAUUUUGGGAGGAGAUUUGCCGGAGGGCCAGGUAAGUCAGGACCUAAAGCCAAAACACAAACUGAUUAAGAAGAAACCCGCUCUUGAGAAAGAGAAUUUGAGCCACUCAGAGAGAGACGGCGAAGAAAUUCAUUGAGAUGUGAAGGAGAUCGCAAAAGGACUGGCGAUUGACGUGGAAUCUCCGAUUCAAGUAAGUAAAGAAGAGAUGAGUGACCAAGAGGGAAGAAACCCGAGGUCACAAAGACAGACGACAUCCAGAACUUCGAACCACUCGACGGAUUCGCAGAUGGAGCGGCAAGAAGUUGUGUCCUUACUCGAAGUCGAGAAAAUUGUUUUGAAAAUGAUGGAAGAGAAAAACCGAGAAUUCGAGAAGAAGAUGGAAGUGAAUCAGCCCCUGAUCGAUUCAUUGGUGAGAGAAAACAUGAGGAAAGAAUCGCUGCUGGAAAGUCAAAAGAGUAGGUCGAGCUCCUAUCGAGCAAAGACGGAUCAACCAAGGAAGUGGCGGGGCACAGAGCAAAGAAGAACCACAAGGAGGUUCCUAAAGGAAGUAGAACACUGGUGCCUGACUAACGAUGUCAAAGACGAUGUCGAUAAAAUCAGGACUCUAUCAGCGCUGCUUGAAGGAAGCGCAUUAGAUUGGUUUGAUGGAAAAAUCAAAGCCAAUUCUAACUAUGCCAAGGAAACCGCGUGGUGUGAAGUCUGUGAGAAGCUGAUAGGGAGAUUUGAAAGCAAGUGGCAGAAUUUUGUAGAAGGACUGCAACUGCUUAAGCUCAGGCAAGAAGCAGGCAAAACCUCACUUUUAAAAUAUGUUGGCUAUUUCCAGAACCAAUUGGCAUACACUCAGAUUAUGAGAAGUAUUUGUUACUUUUCUUUUAUAAUGGGUUAAGUGU